AUGGCUUACGCUCAGUUCGCCGUUGUCGAUGUUUUCUCCUGCAAUCCUUACAGGGGCAACCCACUGGCUAUUGUAAAUGACCUUGAGCGCAAUCUCACAGAAACUCAGAUGAGGUUGAUCGCGAGUCAGUUCAAUUUAUCGGAGACUACAUUCUUUUCGAGGCCAAGUGUGGGAGGCGCAGACUAUGCGCUUCGUUCGUUUCUCCCAAAUGGGAGGGAAGUCUUCGGGAUUGGGCACAACAUAUUGGGCGUUUGGUGGUUUCUGGCGCACGAAGGCUUACUGGAAUUUACACCAGGGAAGGCAGCCCACAGAAAAGCUCGAUUCGAUGAGUAUACAUUUCACCAAGAGCUCGGCGGUUUGGUGUCUCCAGUCAAGAUUCUGCAGAAAUCGGGCCCAGAUAAGGAUUCGGUCAAGUUUUCCGUCUCCAUAACGCAGGCUACGCCUAAGUUCCAUGGACGACACCCUCAAAUUGAUACACUCGCUAAGACUAUUGGUUUAAGCCCAGAAGACAUUGGCUUGACAACUAUUGACAGAAAUAGUGAAACAAAGGAAGACCUGGCUCCACGAGUUCUAUCUACAUCUACUACUCACCAUCUCUUCGUGCCUAUCGCUUCAGUGGAAGCUCUUGAGCGCGCAUCAGUCCAACGAGAUGAGCUAGUGCAGCAACUCCUACUGGCUGGCGAGUAUGUAUAUGGACUGUACUUAUUCGCAAGGGAUAACUCUAAAGAAGAUGGGGGGAAUACAUACCGAGCGAGAUUCUUUAGUCCUGGCAUGUCGAACGAAGAUCCUGCGACAGGAAGCGCUGCUGGGCCAUUGUCAGCUUUCCUCCAUAGUGAGGGCCAUCUACAGACUGACGGUGGCAAGGCGAGUAUCGAGGUUUGGCAAGGGUUCCAAGUGGGGAGGGAAUGCAUCCUCUGCGUGGACUUGACUAUCGACGACGAAGGUCAGUAUACUGUGGGUGUUGUGGGGGAUGGCGUGAAAGUUUCUGAGGGCAAGAUGAUUCUCCCAUGAGUAUGU